GCCCCGGAGCGGAAGCGGGAAGCGAGUGGGCGCGGGGGGCGCGCGGAGGCCGCGGGGAUGGCGAAGAACACGGUGUCGUCGGCGCGCUUCCGCAAGGUGGACGUGGAUGAGUACGACGAGAACAAGUUCGUGGAUGAGGAGGACGGCGGCGACGGCCAGGCGGGGCCCGACGAGGGCGAGGUGGACUCGUGCCUGCGGCAUUGCCGCACAGGGAACAUGACAGCCGCCCUGCAGGCCGCGCUCAAGAACCCCCCCAUCAACACCAAGAGUCAGGCUGUGAAGGACCGGGCAGGCAGCAUCGUGCUCAAGGUGCUCAUCUCCUUCAAGGCCAGCGACAUCGAGAAGGCCGUGCAGUCCCUGGACAAGAGCGGCGUGGAUCUCCUCAUGAAGUACAUUUACCGCGGCUUCGAGAGCCCCUCCGACAACAGCAGCGCCCUGCUGCUGCAGUGGCACGAGAAGGCACUAGCCGCAGGAGGAGUGGGCUCCAUCGUUCGUGUCCUGACCGCGAGGAAGACUGUGUAGGCCUGCGGGAACUGGCUGCCUGCCGGGGAGUGGGAGCUGCUGGUACAAAAACCAACCCAUCAAAUGCCAUCUCUGCCCUGUGGGUAGCGUCCCUCCUCCACUUAGCUUGCUUCUUUUCAUGUCUGUCAAGAUUGCAUAUCGAGGUUCCUUCAUGAGAACUGGGGUGAUACGGCCCGAGCCAUGCUUCCCGCAUGGUUGCUUCAUCUCAGCGCGUUGAGUGAUGUGUGUCCGUCUGUCUGUGAGACUGCCUGCCUGCAGUGCCUGCCACCUGCAACGCACCAUCGGCUAGGCUUUGUUGUAACGAGUUAGAGAUCUGAUCAGAAUUGGAGGCCAGUUUCCUAAUUCACUGCUAGUCAGGAAGUGAUUCGUUACAAAAAAAAAAAAAAAAAGAGCCUUGCAGCUCUGACAUUGCAAAAUUGGGCUCUGCCUCCCCUGUGUAAGCACGGUGUGGUUCAGGGAGCACUUGCCAGGCCACGGCAAACUGGGCUGUGUGUGUCCUUGCACAGCUGCCCUUGCCAGCCACCCCCAAGUCACACCUGGUCUGUGGGCUGCACGUCUGCAGUGGGGCCGUGGGCCUCCCCUGGUGGGACUGUGUCCUCUGACGUCCUGGGUCCCCUGCCAGUGCUCACGGGAGCUGCUUGGCACACCAUCCCCCAGGUUCUUCGGGGAGCUGGGCUCCCAGAAGGCUGCAUCGCCGUCCAAACAGGUACCCAUCCUGGGCUCCAGCUCAGUGCACUCUUUCACAUGGCACACAACAGUAACAGCAGAUUGCUUGCUUUGUUAGACUAACUGGUUCUCAGCAACUGACUGGUGCUUGUAAAGUUAUGUAGUCUCUCGAAAGAGUGUCCAGCAUAGCUGGCCAAGGGGGAGGUCAGUGCGCGUUGCGUGUUCAGAUUCCACGCCAGUCUCCCCACUGACCUAGGCUCAGAUGGCAGUGGAAUUCUAGAGACUCGCUGUUUUUGAUACCUGCUUUUUGUUUUGUAAAAACGAUAAACUUAAGAAAAUAAAA